AUGACAGAUCAAUCAGACGAUUCUAACCUGGAAAUUGAUGACCUAUCUGAUAUUUUAGGUAUCAUUGAUUUAUCGCAAAUACAGCACCUUCCCUCAAUUGAUUUAUGGUCCAAUAAAGACUCUAAACAAGAUGUUCUCUCAGAUGUGUCGUCACAGUCUGACAAAAAAUCGAGUAUUUCAGGAAGUUUGGACUCAGUUAGCGUUGUUAGCUCCUCAGAAUCAGAAGAUUCGUGCGUUUCAGCCGAUGAUUUACAGGAUUCUAACGACCCUAACUUACUAUACGGGGUAAACUUUAACAGAGCACAAUCUCUCCUCUUUGAAGGACAAAACUUUGGAAUUAAGUAUCAUGUUAACACGUUAUCACACUUGAUGAAGGAUUUGAAUACAAUUUUUAAGUAUCUGCUGGUUCAGAGUAAAUACAAUGUGGAGUCAAUACUAUGUUCAUCUUUUGAAGUUUUUCAUAAAGUGCAUAGAACAGUGUGUAUUUUGUCAUCAAUUGGAUACUUAACACUCACGCCUGAAAUGGCCAAAGGUAUAAGAAUCAAGAACCUGAUAGUCAUUUUCAAAAAAAUCUACAGCGAUUUCGCGUCCUUCCAUACCCAUAUGUGUAAACUACUGUCAACAGACGUCAACGCAACAAUCAGCUCAAAACUAAUCGAACUGAUGCCCCUUCUAAUUGACACAUUUUUUUGUAUAUUAAGGUUUUUGCUGUGCUAUAUUAAGCAGAAAAACACCCAGUCUGAUAUGAUUAACAUAUUUGUUAACAUUUUAAAUUAUUGUACAUUACUGUGUUGUAGCUAUUUGGACCACUCGGAGGAAAUACUUAAUAAAGUCUCUAUAUCUACUAUUUAUCGACUAGUGAUUUUAUUUAUACCACUUGAAUCAGUUUAUAAUGUCGUAACGGAGGAUGUGAGCACAAAAGCACUGGAUUAUAAACCAGAUUGUAAGCUAAUAAUUGAACCACUUCUAGAGGAAUAUUUGUCUGAUGGGUUUAAGCCGUCCACACUAGUACUUGAGAAAUUAAGGUUAUAUUCAUACGAGAAUAAGAGUGAUAAAUUUGAAGCAGAGUUAAUGUUGACAAAAAUGACCAGAGAGUCGCUGGAAACAUGCAUUGUUACCGGAGUUACAAGAAGACAGUAUCCAACAUUCCAAAUUGACCCUAUAGGUUUUUUUGAUCUUGUAACAAGUAAUCCACUGGCUGAAAUGUGGAAGAAGAUUAAUUUCUGGCUCUUACAAAGACUUGAUAGCCAUCAUAGUGAAAUCAGAAGAACAUCACUCAACAUCAUCAGGCAUGGUCUGUGCACAAUUAACUUCAACGAAAGAGAUCGACAGCACAUUUUAUCAUAUGUGUACAACUGCCUAACAGAUGAUGACACACUGCCAAACUCACUCUCAAUAUUGAUGUACGUUUCAAGGCUAUACCCACUCAAGGACGGAGCUGUACGUAGAAUAGCAAACCUUACGCUGAAAGGCCUGAGAAAAGACGUUAAAUUGAAGGUGUUGGAGUUCUUUUCAAAGUGCAACUACACACAAAAAGGACUGGAAUUCCUAUUAACUGUUCUAAAAUCACUGUGUAACUAUUCAUACGAGUCGUUUGAUUUAGACCAGAAGGCUAGUGAAAAUUUCAGGAAUUCUGGUGAAAUUAAGUUCGCACUAAGUGAUUGGCCAAAGAUAGUUGAUAUUCUUCACUCAGUUUCAAAAGCCCAUAAAAACAUUUCAAAAUUAGUAGUACCCACAGAUGACAUCACUCCAUACAUUACACAGAAAAGGCUGCGCACCAUACCUGUUUCGAUAUGGGUGUCACUCCUAUGGAGUUAUCUUACGAAUACUGACGAUGAUAGAUGGAGACUCUUCAAGUGUUUAUGGUUCUCAGAGGCUAAAAUCAGGUUCCCCUCAAUUGUAAAAACACUCUCAGAGGAAGAUAAGAAACUGUUCGACGCAUAUUCUAGGGUCAAUGAUGAAUUUGUUAAUUUCGGAACUAAUGGGAAACCCGAUAUCUCUGUAGACUUCGUAAAGGAUCUGAAUAACUGGAAAAUUCUGCAUGAAAUCAGAAUAUCUUACCCAUUUGACCAUUUGGAUAAGACUUCAGCCUUGUUUAUGGACGAAUUUACACUUGAUACUAAUAAGGAUGUGUUUGGUCACUUUGGCGACGGGUGCAAGUGUGUAGACUGUAGGAUGGACUUGGUGAUCAAUGACAUUGAUCACAAGAUUUAUAAUAAUUCUUCUAGUAACAAGAAUUUCCCUUACAACCCAUUUUCUGGUAUUUUUACCAAUACAAAGUGUGAACUCAUUGAUGAUUAUAAGGAUGAGCCGCCUGAAGUCUUUGAACUCAAAUCCCAGAUUUCUGAAUUAAACAACCAGCCUCAUGAAAUUUACUCGUUUGCAAUGUCGAGGUUUAAAACUGAGCCUUUGAACGCCGAUAUUAAGAACAUGGCUUUGAAUGUGGAUGAUGUUGACUGUUACGAGUUCCCAGCAGCGCUGGGUACAAGCAUUUCAUUUGGCUUUUCCUGUAAAUCCAGGAGUGUCCCAUCUGAUUUAGUUAUUUUUUAUAAAUUUCCAAGAAUUAUAAAUCCUGAAGUUAAAUUUGAUGACUUGAAGUCACAUCGUAGUAAUUUAUUGCCCUUGAGAGUAGAUUACUUUAGACCAAAAUUGAGGUUGGACGAAAAGGAACCCGACCUGUACCAUGGAACCGUUUCAUUUAACAUCAAAUUUCCUUAUCCUACAUCUAUUCCAUUUCCAGUUGACUUUUACUACAGAGUUCACGAUGAUACUAAGAAGUUUGGACACAUUUGGAUACACCCUAAAAGAAGCUGUUAA